AGAAAGAGAGGAAGAGAGAGAGAGGUAGGGGCUAGACAAUGUGGAUCCCCCUUUUCGCUGUCCCUCGAUUGUUUUCAUUCCCGAAAAUAAACUCGCUAACACAACACCCAGCGUCUGAUAAACUAGUCAUCUGAAUUUGAGAGGAUGCUCCCCAGCUCCCAGCAGAUGUACAUGCUCACCGUGAGAGAGAAGAGAAGCCCCCGGUCCUCCCGACAGGGAUCACUGCCGUUGUGUUAGCUGUUAACCGAAGGAGCUGUUUGAACGGUGGGACGGAGAGGGAGCUAGAGACUCUUCUCCAGCUGCCAUCCUACUCCUGCUCCUCCCCCUCCCCCCUCCUCCUCCUACACCACCAGAACCACUUCUCUUUCUCAUCACAUCCAGAGCCUUUGGAGAUGUGAGGAAUAGAAAGAGAUUGGUGAUAUUGAGCAGCCUGUGCAUUGACACGACCUCUUGACCUCAUCUUCAGCAUGAAUGGUGAUAUGCCUCAUGUUCCCAUCACUACUCUUGCUGGAAUUGCUAGCCUGACAGACUUGUUGAACCAGCUGCCCUUGCCUUCUCCUCUCCCUGCCACCACCGCUAAGAGUCUGCUCUACAAUGGAAGGAUCUCCGAAGAGGUCAGCAACCUCCUGGUGUGCCGGGACGAGAAUCUGGUGACUCAGCUGGCCCAUAGCCUCAACCAGGUCUCCACUGAACACAUAGAGUUGAAAGACAACUUGGGGAAUGAUGAACCUGAGGGUGACAUGCCAGCGCUUCUACAAACUCUGCUGUCCAGGAACCCCAAAAUAUUUGGGGACAAAAGUGUAAUGCAACAGCCAAUGGUGCAACAGUUUAAGAUUUCUCAAAACCAGGUGCAUGGGAGUCCAGGAUCAAACUAUCAGCAAUCUCAGAGCCCAGCUGGAUGUUUUGCAUCGCCACAAUCUGGAUCAGGUGCUCGGUUCGUCCCCCAGCAGAACAGCCCUAUACCCAGUCCCUACACCCCCCAGAGUCCUGCAGACUACAUGCAGUACAAUCCACCCAGUUAUUCCCAACACCAACAGACCCAGCAAGUUCGAACCAUCCAUGACAACAAGGUCUCUGGUCAGCUGUCAGGUACUUCAUCUAAUCAUAAUGCGAGACUAGGCUCAGAUGAGGACUACAUCCACAUGGCCCACAGACUGGGGAAUGAGGUAAAUGACCCCUCCAUGAGGGCCUUUCAAGUGAAAUCCCCACAGUCUGUGUGUUCCCCUGCUGGGAGUGAAGAGGCUGCAAAAAGGUCCAGGCCUCCCCUCAUCAUGCAGUCUCCUCCCCCCGAUGGGCCCCCAGGUGCAGCAGCUGACGUGCUCCUCAGCUCCGGGGACCGCAAAAAGAAGCAGAAGGAAAGGAGUAGAGAAGAAAAUGAGCACACGGAAAAAAAUCUCUCGUACGACAUUGUCAGUUCUCCCUCUAAACAGUCCGCCAAGCUUACUAUAAAACUGUCCCGCAUGAAGUAUUCCGACUUGGAUGAACCUGAAGAACAUCCUACGAGGUCACGGGUCGACUCAGACCGUGAAACUGAUUUGAUGUAUAAUAACAUUAAUCAGUUGUCAAGGUCUGCACAGGACUUGUCACACAAGUUAGGCGCUGAGGAGCAGGCCAACUGUCAGCAGAUUCCUGUUCGGCCAAUCACUAAGGAGUCCGGAGGCGUCAGCGGGGUCGUGUUUGAUGACGCUGAGAUGGACACACUAACGGAGAUCGAGAGAAUAGACCGCGAGUCGGCCAGCGAGAGAGAAAGGUGGUCUAAAGAAGUUCAGGAUAAAGAUAAGCCACUGAAGAAACGAAAGCAAGACUCAUAUCCUCAGGAAUCCGGAGCUGAGUCCAAUGAAGGGCCCGCUGUACAAGUGUGCAACGCUGACAGCAAGUUGACACCCAAGAAGACGAAUGCUGCGAGUAACGGAGCCGGUCGGCCUGCUUUGAUGGUCAGUAUUGAUCUGCAGCAAGCUGGCAGAAUGAUAAGACAGCCUGUCGUGGUCUUGGAAGCACAGAAGAUGUGUGACGACCACGUACUGCACAUCAAUUCAAAGAAUGAUGCAAUCGCAGAUAAAGUUGUUGAAAACGCAGAUAAAGUUGUUGAAAACGCAGAUAAAGUUGUUGAAAACAGACCUGGGAUCAUCAAACAGCAUACUGACAGCACCAGGAAGUCUGGCUCAGAGGGGCAACCUGUAACCCCCAAACAGAAGCAGGAAAGUCGACGCGAUUCCAAACACAGACAUGACGAUAAAAAAACAGUCAGUGGCAAGGGACAUGUCGACAAACAGCCAGACAAACAGCCAGACAAACAGCCAGACAAACAGCCAGACAAACUGCCAGACAAACUGCCAGACACACCGCGGCAGAAACAUGACAAGCAUUCAGACCCACGCCACAAAGAGGAAAAUAACCACAACAGUCAUCGAUCCAACGUCGGCCAACCUGAGACUCCAAAAACCCCGAGCAAGGCAGAGCGUAACUCCAAACAUGGAGAAGACAAAGUCAAGGAAAAAGAUAGGGAUAAAGAUAACGAAAAGGAAAAAAAUAUAGAUAAAGAAAAAGAUAGAGAUAGGGAUAAGGUUAGAGAACGAAAAAAAGAAAGAAAUAAAGAAAGAGAAAAGGAUAAGGUACGAGAUAAAGAUAGAGAUAAGGAAAAAGACAGAGAUAAAGAAACUGAUAAAGAAACUGACAGAGAUAAAGAAACGGACAUAAAUAAAGAGAAAGAUAAGGAAAGAGACAAAGAGAGAGAUAAGGACGGAGUUAAAGACAAAGAGAGAGAUAAGGACGGAGUUAAAGACAAAGAGAGAGAUAAGGACGGAGUUAAAGACAAAGAGAGAGAUAAGGACGGAGUUAAAGACAAAGAGAGAGAUAAGGACGGAGUUAAAGACAAAGAGAGAGAUAAGGACGGAGUUAAAGACAAAGAGAGAGAUAAGGACAGGGUUAAAGACAAAGAGAGGGAAAGGAAGCACAAAAUGUCGAGGGAAAACUGCAACCGACCCUCUCCUGACGGGCAUACUAAACCUGAGAGCCCGAGAGUGAAGCAGGACGGUAGCAGAAAAUCUGCUGACCUCAAUGGACGACAGAGGAAAGAGAGUUCCGGCCCUCAAAACUCCCAAAAUAAGAAGGAGAGGAAAAGUGGGGAGGGAGUCGUUACUGGCCAAGCUGGAAACAAACAGCAGGCUGUGGAGGCCAAACCCAGCGAAUUCCCCGCUUACCUGCUGGGGGGCAAGUCCACUCUGAAGAACUUUGUGAUCCCUAAAUUGAAACGCGAUGUGAAAGAGAAAGACCCCCAACUCCUGAGCAAACUGACAGAGAGCGAGCCCCUGGUCCGGCUGGAGAGAGUGUCGUUGGUGGAGAGUUUAAACAAGGGAGCCAAACCCCUCGUGGUGCUCAACAAACUCAGCAUCGCUGAAGUCAAAACCAUCAUCAAGGAAAGCAGGAAUUCACACAAAUCCAAGACCUCAGGGAAAGAAAUGUCUUCUGCUGAGAAGACAAACAAGCGGAAUCACAGUUUGAUCAGUAAGAAAUCCAAGUACGCUGAGUCGGAUGAUGAUGAAGAAGAUGACAAAGAAGAAGAUGAAGAUUACUCUGAAAAUGAGUCUCCAAAGAAAAGGUCUAAGAAAAGUCACGACAAACCAUCUAAGUCUGAAAAGAGGGCGGGCUCUGGAGAGCACCGGCGAAGUAGCGGUUCCCACGCUGCCCGUCGGGGGUCCGGUGGCCGCAGCCGUGAACUGAGUGAAUCAGAAGAAGGCAGCCCAACUCCAAGCCUGAGUGAUUCUGCCAGAAAAUUGAAGAAGAAGGAGAAACAGAAAAACAAGAAGGCGUAUGAUUCCAAGCUGACAACAGAGGAAAAGAUGGACUCCUCCUCAUAUAAGAGAUUCCUGGCCAAUGUGGACAGCAUUCUUGAGAGCCUCGAGGAUGUGGACCUCGCUGCUACAGAUGAUGAUGAUGGCAUACCUGAAGAGCUGUUGCUCGGAAAGCACCAGUUGAGUGAGCUAUGCAGUGAUUCCACUAAGCUCAAAGCUAUGCGCAUCUUUCACAAGUUUCCGUCUGAUAAACUGGUGAAAUUUCUGAAUAUCCUGGAGAAGAACAUUCAGGACAGCGUCAAACUUACCACGUUAAUGAACCAUGAUAAUGAUUCAUUGGACGAGGAGCGGUUGUGGCGUGACCUCAUCAUGGAGCGGGUGGCUAAGUCUGCUGAUGCCUGUCUGACUGCUCUCAACAUCAUGACAUCUCCACGCAUGCCCAAGGUUGUUUACAUAGAGGACGUGAUUGAGAGGGUGCUGCAGUACUCCAAGUACCAUCUGCAAAAUUCUCUGUACCCUCAGUAUGACCCCGCCUACAGAGUGGACCCCCAUGGAGGUGCUGUGCACACUCCAAAGUCCAAAAGAGGAAAGGGUUCCAGCCACAAACAGAAGGUGGUGGUCAUGCUCUACAACAAAGUGUGUGAUAUUGUCAGCAACAUGUCAGAGCUGCUAGAGAUCCAGCUGCUCACUGACACCACCAUUCUCCAGGUGUCGACUCUGGGUAUAACACCUUUCUUUGUGGAGAAUGUCAGUGAUCUGCAGUUAUGCGCCAUCACACUAGUGACAGCAGUGUUCACUCGCUACGAGAAGCACAGGCAGCUAAUUCUUGAGGAGAUAUUCACCUCCCUGGCUAGACUGCCAACGAAUAAACGGAGCCUCAGGAGCUUUAGGCUAAACAGUGAUUCAGGAGGAGAUGUGUAUAUCCAGAUGGUCACUGCACUGGUUCUUCAGCUCAUCCAGUGUGUGGUUCACUUUCCAGAGAAGGACGGAGAUGAUGAUCAUAAUAAGAAGGUGGAUAAAGAUGUCUUCAUCACAAACUCUUUUGAAACUGCCAUGCGGACAGCUCAGAACUUCCUAUCAGUUUUUCUCAAGAAGUGUGGCAGUAAGCAGGGGGAGGAGGACUACAGGCCUUUGUUUGAGAACUUUGUUCAUGACCUGCUGUCUGCAGUCAACAGGCCUGAGUGGCCUGUAGCUGAACUGCUGCUCAGCUUACUGGGCCGGCUGCUGGUGCACCAGUUCAGCAACAAGCAGACAGAAAUGGCGCUCAGGGUGGCGUCGCUCGACUACCUCGGCACCGUGGCAUCUCGCCUGCGUAAAGAUGCUGUCAAUAGCAACAUGGACCAAAAGACUAUUGACCGCAUCCUCAAAGAGACUCAAGGCAGUGAUGAGAUCCAGCAACUCCAGAAGGCCUUGCUGUACUACCUUAAUGAAAACAUUGAGACAGAACCCUCUCUUGUGUUUGCCAGGAAGUUUUAUAUUGCCCAGUGGUUCAGGGACGCUACGACUGAGGCCGAGAAAGCGAUAAAGUCUCAAAAUGACGAUGAGGAAGUGAAAGGCCUUCAUCAUUCCAUGGAAGUUGACUCAACUGAGGAGAUUAUGCAGAAAUCCGAGUCACGAAAGAAAUUCCUCCGCAAAGUCAUCAGGACAUCACCGUCAGAUUUCAACUCUCUGAGGGUAAACUCUGACACGGUAGAGUAUGAGGACUCAUGUCUGAUUGUCAGAUAUCUGGCCUCCAUGAGGCCGUUUGCACAGAGCUUUGAUAUUUAUUUAUCACAGAUUCUGAGGGUGCUUGGUGAGAGUGCCAUCGCAGUCAGAACUAAAGCCAUGAAGUGUUUGUCUGAAGUAGUAGCUGUGGAUCCAAGUAUUCUGGCACGGUUGGACAUGCAGCGUGGGGUUCACUGUCGCCUCAUGGAUAACUCUACCAGUGUGCGAGAGGCGGCGGUGGAGCUGCUCGGCCGUUUCGUGCUAAGUCGACCGGAGCUCAUUGAGCAGUACUACGACAUGCUCAUUGAAAGGAUAUUGGACACAGGUAUUAGUGUCAGGAAGAGGGUCAUCAAGAUCUUGAGAGAUAUUUGCCUGGAGCAGCCGGACUUCCACAAGGUGACCGAGAUGUGUGUGAGGAUGAUCCGAAGGGUCAACGAUGAGGAGGGGAUCAAGAAACUGGUGAAUGAGACUUUCCAGAAAAUCUGGUUCACCCCCACACCCAGUCAUGACAAAAAUGCAAUGACCCGGAAGAUCCUGAACAUCACAGACGUGGUGUUUGCAUGCAAAGAUUCAGGCUACGACUGGUUUGAGCAGCUUCUCCAAAAUCUGCUCAAGUCUGAAGAACAAGCGUCGUACAAACCUGCCAAGAAGGCCUGUGUUCAGCUGGUGGACAAUCUAGUGGAACACAUCCUGACAUAUGAAGACACUCUUGCAGACUGUGAAGACAAAGGGGUCACCUCAGGUCGUCUGGUUUCAUGCAUCACCACUCUUUACCUGUUCUGCAAGAUCAGAGCACAGCUGAUGGUCAAACACACCAUGACUAUGCAGCCCUACCUGACCUCCAAGAGCAAUACUCAGAACGACUUCAUGGUGAUCUGUAACGUGGCAAAGAUCCUGGAGCUGGCCGUGCCUCUGAUGGAGCAACCAAGUGAGACUUUCCUCACCACCAUAGAAGAAGACUUGAUGAAGCUCAUUAUCAAAUAUGGCAUGACGGUCGUACAACACUGUGUCAGCUGUCUUGGUGCUGUUGUGAACAAGGUCACACACAACUACAAGUUCGUCUGGGCGUGUUUCAAUCGCUACUAUGGAGCUCUUGCAAAACUGAAGACCCAGCACCAAGAGGACCCCACCAGCGUCACCCUGGCUACCAACAAACCUACUCUCCUGCGCUCACUCUUCACUGUGGGGGCUCUCUGCCGACACUUUGAUUAUGAUCAAGAGGAGUUCAAGGGCACUAGCAAGAUCGUCAUCAAGGAGAAAGUGUUGGAGCUUCUGUUGUACUUCACCACUCAUGAAGAUGAAGAGGUCCAGAUCAAGGCCAUCAUAGGUCUAGGCUUCCAGUUCAUCAUGCAUCCAGAGCUCAUGUUUGUUCAGGAUGUGAAGGUCCUCUAUAACAACACCCUGUCAGAGGAUAACCCUUCGGUCAGUCGGAGGAUCCAGGUGCUGAAAAACCUGCAGAUAUACCUGCAAGAGGAGGACUCUCGAAUGCAGGUGGCCGAUCGUGAAUGGAAGAAUCAGGAAAAGCAGGAGGAUCUGAAGGAAAUGGGAGACAUCUCAUCAGGCAUGAGCAGCUCCAUAAUGCAGAUCUACCUGAAGCAGGUGCUGGAGUCCUUCUUCCACUCUCAGUCCACUGUUCGCCACUUCGCCCUGAGCGUCAUCCUUCUGACUCUCAGCCAGGGCCUCAUCCAUCCUGUGCAGUGUGUGCCAUACUUGAUUGCCAUGGGAACCGACCCGGAGCCAACAAUGAAGAACAAGGCCGAUCAACAGCUGGUGGAGAUUGACAAGAAAUAUAUUGGCUUCAUCCACAUGAAGGCCGUAGCAGGGUUGAAGAUGUCUUAUCAGGUGCAACAGGCCAUAAACGGAGCCAAAGGCCCACUGCUUAGAGGUUUUCGUCCGGAUGACACAGACACUGCUCUCUGCGCUCAUCUCUACUCUAUGGUGCGAGGGAACCGACAGCACAGACGGGCUUUCCUCAUUUCUCUGCUCAACCUGUUUGAUGACAGCUCAAAAACAGAGGUGAACAUGCUGUUGUUCGUAGCAGACAACUUAGCCUGCUUCCCCUACCAGACCCAGGAGGAGCCUCUGUUCAUCAUGCAUCAUGUAGACAUCACGCUGUCAGUCUCUGGCAGCAACCUGCUCCAGUCCUUCAAGGAGUCUUUACGGAAAGAGCCUGUCAAUCAGGAAGAGGAGAUAAAGGCAAAAAAGAAGAAGAAGAAGAAAAAGAAGAAGAAGAAGAAGCAUCAUAAGAGACAACUGGGCUCGGAUGAGGACGAUGAAGAGGAGGACGAGGAGCAGAGCAGUAGCUCCUCCAGCAGCAGCAGUGAGGAGGAAGAGGAGGUGGUACACAGGGCGAAGAAACCUGUGGAUCAUGAUUCUGACUUUGAAGAUGAGGACGCAGUGAUGUCCCGCCUGCCCGAAAACUCCAACCCUCUUCUGGAGUUUUCCAGCUCCUCGCAGGGCAUCCUGCUGCUGCUGAUGCUCAAACAACACCUGAAGAAUCUGUUCGGUUUAACAGACAGCAAAAUCCAGAAGUAUUCCCCGACAGAGUCUGCCAAAGUGUACGACAAGGCAGUGAACAGGAAGUCUAAGGUGCACUUUAACCCCGGUCAGACACUGCUCUACCUGAAGAGUGAUCUGGCCAACACGGAGCUCAGCCACGAGACCAAGAGGAAUAUUGUUAAACAGUAUUUGGAUUUCAAGGUACUGAUGGAGCACUUGGAUCGUGACGAAGAGGACCAAGAGGGUGAAGCGAAUGCAAACGCCAGAAACAAAGCCAUUACUUCACUGCUGAAGGGCCCAAAACCAGUGAACCACAACCACAAUAACCACACUGCUCCAGUGGAGUCAGAGGAGGAGGAGAGUGAAGCUGAAGAGCCCCCUGUGCGCAAACCGAAGAAAGCCGUAGAGACCCCAGAAGACACAGGCAACCUGCAGGAGAGAGUAAAGGCCAUGGACAUCAUUGCCCUCUGCUGUCCCAAAUUCAAAGACAGACCACAGAUCGCCAGGGUCAUCCAGAGGAUCAAAACUGGCUACAGCAUACACUGGAUGACUGGUUCUUACUCUGGGUCCUGGGCGGAGGUAAAGAAACGGGAAGGUCGCAAAAAGGUGCCUUGGGUUGACACCAUCAAAGAAUCAGACAUCAUUUACAAGAAAAUAUCCUUCGCAAGUGGACAAAAGCUGUCGAACAAAGUGGCACAGACGUUACGGGAUCUAUACGCUGCCAAGGACGGGGACUAA